CGAAAAUGCAUUUUUACUGCGAAAUAGCAUCUUUGUUACUGCAAUAUACGUUCCUUGCCCUCCAGAUACGUUUGACGCGUCAAUUCGUUCACUCGAAUUUGCGCUGAAAACCCUGUGACCGACACCUCCGAGCCCUCUCCGCAAAUUCCCCAGCAUAGCGCACCCACCCCAUCACCAAACCAAACCCCCACUCACAACAUGGCGCGAAAAGCAAUAGCAAAAGACCAAAUCGUCAAACUGAUUGUAGGCGCAGGGCAAGCGUCGCCCUCGCCGCCUGUCGGUCCAGCGCUAGGAAGCAAAGGUGUAAAGAGCAUGGAUUUCUGCAAAGAAUUCAACGCCCGCACCGCCCACUACACAGUCGGCACCCCGAUUCCCGCACGCAUAACAGUCCGCCCAGACCGCUCCUUCCACUUCCAAUUGCGCACACCACCCACCGCAACCCUGCUCCUCUCCGCUGCCGGCGUCGCGCCCCAAAAGAACAAAAUCCGGGGUGCUGGUAACGUGCCCGGACCCAUGAACAACCACGAUGGGCAGAAGGGCAAGACAUCGACGAGUAGUCCCACUGUGGGGAACGCGGUCAAGGGCACCGUGGGCACAGUGUCUUUGAAGCAUGUCUAUGAGAUUGCGAAGAUCAAGCAUAGCGAGACUAGGCUGAGUGGGCUGAGUUUGGAGGGCGUGGCGAGGAGCGUUGUGGGUCAGGCGGGGAGUAUAGGAGUUGUUGUUGUGCCGUAGAAUGGGGGUGUAGGGUGCGGAUUAAUGAAUCCGAGGAUGUGCUGUGCCGUGGAGAAUACCUGCUAUCAUGAGAAGAAACAUUAUGAAAAAGGGCAAGAAGUGCAAGAACACACAGGAUAUCAUGAAGGAUUGCAUGCAAUGGGCGUUAUACGACGUGGCUUGGGGAUGCCGUGCGAUUGGAGUAUGUGCACACGUCUUGUGGAGGAAGAGCUUGUACAACUACUGUAUACCUGUUGAAGACUCAUGAUGCAUGAUCAGUUCUGACAUUACGUCAACUCGGAUGAUGUGACUUGC